GGUAGUAGCCGGCGGGCGUCGCUGUCGCACGGACCGGCGAGGGGCGACAGGGACAGGACCGGGGGCCGACGAAGCCGUGACGGUACUGAGCGCCGGGGCGCAGUAGCGAAGCCGCUGUGAACUGGUGCAAACUGGUACUGUGGUGUGGCACGGUGCUGUUCCGUGGUGCGAACAAAAAUGUUUUUAGCCCCUCCACUAACCGAGUGCUGAUCUGUGAGUUGUGACCCGCGGCACACUUUCCAUCAUACACACGUUCCUGAGCAAUCCCCGCCGUAAAUAGGUACUCCCUCCCAAACUCCGUAGUUGGGACGGUCCACCGCAUUCUUCUGUCCCCUGUCCGGGUACCGUCACCCGCUGUGAACGCCAGCUACUUGUGUGUCGUCUCCUGGGCGCCGCGGCUGUCAGGGACCCCCGGGAGCUGGGAGUCAGCCGGGGCGCCGGUGCCUGUCGGGAGGGCCGCCGGGGGCGCGCGGCCGGGCGCCGGUGCCAGCGCCGCCCCCGCCGCUGCCCAUGCAUCCGGCGUGUCUGCUACUGGUGUUCACGCUGCUGCUGACUACGGCCGCCACGCUGCUGCUCACGUACGCCGAGCUGACCGACAACUGGGAGAUCAUCCGGUUCGACCGGGCCAGCGUGCAGCGCACCGUGGACGGCCUGAACGGCACGCACAGUCUGGAAUGGAUACUGGACGACCAGGUGGGCGUGGUCACCAUUGACGGCGAGCAGCCCGACAACAAAACAGUCUUCCUGGUGCCCAUGAACGGCGGAAUCUGGACACUCUGCGUGUCUCUGUCAGAGAGCCAGCGGCGGACACUGCGCGAAGAAGGUUUCCACCACCCCAUGUGCACCAACUACCUGUCUCCGGAGCUGCUGUCACGCGGAGAGCUGCGAAACGACUGGAUUCACAGGAUGCAGAACCUGAGCAUCUCGUGCGCGCUGGUGAGCCUGAUCCUGCUGGUGGCCUCGGCCCUGGUCGGACUGUUUGGCGUGCUGCAGAAGCAGAACUCGGCUGUGCUCAUCACCGGCUUCAUGUACCUCAUGGCAGCCAUUUUCUCCACCUUCAGCUUCUCAAUAAUUCACUUCAAGCGCAAAACGAAGCGCGACUGCGGGGUGCUGGACUCGCAGAUCACGCACGAGUUUUACAACAGCCGCACGUUCCAGCCAGGCUGGUCACUGCAGAUCGGCUGGACGGGCGUCACCAUCUGCCUCACGGCCAGCCUCUCCUGGAUCUUGCUGGCCCGCUUCAUGCGCUACACGCCUGGCUCGUCCCUGCUGAGCUACUGAACUAACGAGCGCCCGGCUCCUCCCUGCUGAGCUACUGAGCGCGGGAGAUCGGCGCUGAGAGACAGCUCAGGACCACAACACGGCGACGACAGGAGUGUCCCGGAGGACGUCAACUUUCGAGCCGGCAAACAACUCCAGAUGAGCGGCCGUAUCGUCAAACUCCAGACCGGCUCACUCAUCUAACUCCCGAGUGACACUCGUGUGCUCGUUCGGCCUGUCCGGUGCAAUCGCGGAGUACGCGGAGACAUGCACCCUCGAAGAUACGGCUGCAUACGAACCACCUGGCGUCCCUCGGCACGGGAGUUACCGAAUUGGGGGGCCGACGCUCGCAUCUGAUCCCGCCGAUCGCGUCUCGAGGGAGGCCGACAGAGGCCCGAUACGCUCCAAAGGCGGCAGGUAAUGCCUCUCUGACCGGUGCGGAGAGGAGGCUGCCUGAAUAGAACAUGUGCCGAAGUCUCGGAGCGGCGAGCGGCGGCCGCGGGGGCGUGCUGUGUACUGCGCCGUUGGUUCAGUGAAAACACCGAAACGCUCCAGAAAGACGGGAGAUGGGCGGGGCGGGGACGUGGAACGAGAGCAGGAAAAGAGCGGACGAGUGGUUAGACUGGAGGUGACACGGGCGAGAGACUGGUGGGGCGGUGAAGUAGUGUAGGUAAGACGAGGCAGAGCCCUUCUUUGAGAGAAAGCGACAUCCUGUGUCGCUGUUUGACAACGUAUUGUCGGCGUUCAAAGGCUCCGUUUAUCUAUGAAUGUCUUCUGUGAUGAAUUAGCAAAUAGUGAGACAAGGAACCAAUUCCAGCCGUUUGAAAAGGCGAACCUGAGUAUUGCAUUAUCAGUCACAGUGCAAUUGAGAUAAGUUGUGUCAAUUUCCCUGACAUACUGCAGUGCUUUUUAAUGUUCUAAUAUGUUGAAUAUGUUCGCUAUCGAAUAUGUCCGAUAUUACCCAGGUACUAUGAGUAUCCGUCUACCAAGGGAUUGGUGUGGGAUAUAAUAUGACCGCUAUAUAUAGCCCACAGCUACAUAUAGCCCCGACGCAGCUAUAGCUGGCGAGAGAGGAAUCAGCACAUUUGCCAUCGACGUUCAUGAAAUAAUCGGUGAACUUUUAAUUGCAAUAUUACACCGAUUAUGGAGGAUAUAGGGAAUAUCUGGAUUCUGUGCCCGCCGUCUUGGCAUGCUUUAUUACGUUCAUUCAUCGACGUGUUGAUGCCUAUUCGAUACCGCUGAUUCGCUAGCUCCUGUUUCGCCAAAAUGCAAUGCGACGUGCAUAAUUCGUUAAAUAGGUAAGCUAAGCAUAUCAGUCGAUAAAUAUUGAUAGACUUGGGAAAUACAAUGCCUGAUGUUAUGGUUUAUUACAGCUAAUGAAAUUAUCACAAACAACUUAAAAUCAUUUUUGUAUUUUUCACGAAAUAUAUUCCCUUUGCCCUGAUCAGUCAUUAAUGCCCAAUGGUACCUA